AUGCCGCGUUAUUAUGCCAAGAAAGAAAAGACGAUUGAUUUCGACAAUAUUUUAGAGGCGAUUAAGCUGAUGAAAUUGCACAAGAACUCCAUUCGACAAGCUGCAAAGGCGAAAAACAUUCCAAAAAGCACUUUGGCUUGGCACAUUUCGAAUUUUGACAAGGCAAAUAUUGACGUUGCUGCUGAUAAUGUUGAUGUGAUGAAGAAUUUGCUGAAAGAACAUUCGACGACCGGCAAAACAAUUUUCAAUGCAGAGCAAGAGAGUGUGCUGAUGAAAUACCUUCUUGACGCCAGCAACAUCAACUAUGGAUUGAGUUUGAAGGAACUGCGAAAACUUGCAUAUGAAUAUGCUAAUAAGAUCGGCAUUUCGUAUCCGAACUCAUGGAAUGCCAACAAAGAGGCAAGUACGGAUUGGCAAUUGGCCUUCAUGAAACGUCACCGGAAUUUGUCAUUACGAACAGCGGAACAAGUGAGUCAGAAUCGUGCAAAGUCUUUGAACAAAGAGAAUGUCGAUGCCUUCUUCAACAAUCUGUCGUCUGUGCUCAGUGCCACCCAGUUCGAAUCGCAUCGAAUUUGGAACAUGGACGAAUGUCCAUGGCCGACUGUGCCAACGAAAGUAGUCAAAACAAUUGCACCGAAAGGAAAAAAGCGUGUAGGAACAUCAAAAUCUGCCGAGAGAGGCACAAAUGUGACUCUAGCAUUGUCCGUUAGCGCGACGGGGCAAUCAAUUCCGCCGUUUUAUCUCUUCCCACGGAACAACAUGAAAGAGGUGUACAUGACGCAUGCAACACUUGGCGCAGUUGGUUUCGCAAAUUGUUCUGGGUGGAUGACAUCUGAAGACUUCAUCCGAUAUAUGCAACAUUUCAUCAAACACACGGGCGCGAAUGCGGAUUCACCAACUCUUCUGCUUCUCGACAAUCGCACGUCACAUUUGUCGAUUGAGGCCAUUGAAUUGGCAUUGAGGCACGGCAUUACCAUGAUCUCAUUCCCACCGCAUUGCACGCAUCGUAUGCAGCCGCUCGAUGUUUCGGUAUUUGGCCCUUUCAAGAACAUGUUCACCAUAAAACAUGAUGCUUGGAAGAAGUCCAACGUAGGCGUGAUUUUUGAUUUACAUCAUGUACCACUCAUCGUCGACCAAUCCUUAGACGUUGCCUUGACGCCAAAAAACAUUAAGGCGUGA